UUUCGUAACUCUUACCCAAGCAAACAUACACAUAACAUUCAGCAUUCAUAAUUUCAUAGUCCUACCUUUUUUCUUUUUUUUUUCUCUCAACGUUAUUAUAAUACAUUUUAUUGUUAUUAUUAUUAUUACCACAACUCUGAAAAAGGUGGUUGAGUUGAUGUUACGGGCAUGUUUGGGGUUGAAUUACUAUGGUAGAAUGGAGGAGCUGCCAGGGGCGUUUGGAAGCAGCGCCAGUUUGGCUCUCCGUUUGGGCCAAACAGUCUUUUCCACAGCUUCCCUUCUCUUCAUGUGCUUGGAUGUUGAUUUCUAUGGCUACACCGCUUUCUGCUAUUUGGUAACCGUCAUGGGUUUGGUAAUUCCCUGGAGCAUAACACUGUUGGUUGUAGAUGCAUACUCUGUCUUUAUAAAAUGUUUACCCCUCCAACGAAGACUCAUAAUGAUCGUCUUUCUGGGAGACAUGUUUUUCUACACACCAGAUUUUGUCAUAUCUCUCAUUAGCUGCAGCGUGUUCAACAGCCAGUGUCACAGAUCUCCUGCUCGAUGCCGAUCGAUCCUAUUGCCUGCAAAAGUUGUGUGGUAGAUAUCAAUUAUCUGCUGCUAUGGCCUUCUUGUCUUGGUUUCUUUCAUCAGCAUCCUGUCUGUUUAACUUUUGGCUUUUCCCUUCUUUGUAAAAUCUAUCUUUCUGCUAGCUGUUGAUAUGUACACCAAUGAUAAGGGUGCAAAUGACGAAGUCAUUUGUUCUUGUGCAGAUAUUUUUUGUUUCCACGUGAAUAAAAUUAUCAUGACAACAAUGUAAUAAGUACUUUUCCAAUGCAAGAGAAAUACAAAAGUUUCAAAUAUUGGUUCUCAA